UGUUGAACGCGCCUUUUCUUUCCCACCCGGCAUCUGGAAGAAAGAAGCAAAAAUCGCAGCACUCUGAUCAGACUUACAGACGAAACAAAGGCCUUUGCUCCGUUAAGCCGUGCUAUUUGUGAAAUCCAUUAGUGCUAUUAGUGCGACAGUAUCUAAUUAUUCUGUUUCUGAAGCGUUUUCCACUUAAAACGCACUAGUGGUUUCGGGAGCAUCCUUACAAAUCAGCAAUUUUUCGUGAAUCAAAUUUGGCGUGUUCUCGAAAAAAGAAACACCAAUUAAUACGAAAAAAAUGGAAGCAAAGGCAAAACGUGGUCGUCCUGGUAGGAAAGCAGUUGAGCCCGAAGAAAUCUCGGCUGAAGUAAACAACGCUGAAAUGGAAGCUGUGAAAAAUGGUGGUAGUAAGAAGAAAGCAACAGCCAAAUCUGCAAAAAGCGGCAAGGAAACUGUGGUUCCGGAACCGGCCGAUAUAAUCGAAGAUAAGAAAAAAGUGGGACGUAAAGGAAAAGCAGCUGUUCCGGUGGUGGCGGAAGAAGAUCCAUUAGCAGAGGCAGCACAAGUGGCAUCAGAAGAACCAGCCAAAGGCCGAAAGGGACGAAAACCAGCCAGUACUAAAGAAGAACCUGCGGCGGAGCCACUAGCAAAGAAAGGUCGCGGUAAAAAGGCCGCCGAUGUAAAGGAACCAGAGGAAGAAAUAGCGGUCCCGUCGAAAAAAGGAAAAGCGACAGUCGAAAACGGAACUACUUCACCUGUGAAAGGUAAAGGUCGAGGAAAGGUUUCUUCGAAAGAUGCUAUCGAAUCAGAACCAGUGUCCGAAGUUGUAGCGGCACCAGCUAAGCGUGGACGUGGCAAAGCGAAGGCUGAAGUAAUAGAGGAAGAAACGGCACAAUCACCAGUGAAAAAGUCAAAACCGGCAGCAAAGGAGCCCACACCGAAAAAGGCAAGUCCGAAAAAGACAGCUCCGGAAGCCGUAAGCGAAGAACCCAAGGCAGCAGGACGAGGGCGCAAGAAGGCUCCUGCAGUCGAAGAAAAACCAGCAUCUCCUGCAAAGUCGCCGGCAGCACCGGCCAAACGAGGACGCGGCAAAAAGGCAGUGGCCGAACCUGAGGUCAACGGUCAACAACUGGAGGCUAAAAUUACGAAGCGAAAUACCACCAAACGGGUUUCCGGAGGGAAGGAUGAUGAUACUGCACCCGUGAACGGAGUAACCCAACGCCGAAAGAAGAAAGCGGAAGAACCACUGGAGCACGAUGAAGAAGCGAAACCGAGUGCAGUCGAACCGAAAGCGAAGAAAUCGAAAUCUGAAAAGAAACCUGCCGCCCCAAAGAUGAACAAAUCGGCAAAUGACUUCUCCAAGAUAAACUUUGAACUGCUGGGUAAGAAUUCCAACUAUAAAAUUGCCAGUUGGAAUGUGGCUGGUCUUCGGGGGUUAGUCGAGAAGGGUGCAUUCGAGUACGUAGAGCAUGAAAAACCCGACAUAUUCUGCGUGCAGGAAACCAAAUGUACCGAAGAGCAGCUACCGGAUGCGGCACGUCACAUCAAGGGCUACCAUCCGUACUGGCUCUGCAAACCAGGCGGUUAUGCCGGAGUUGCUAUCUACUCCAAGAAAAUGCCGAUCAAUGUUUACUACGGAUUAUGUGAUGAAGAGCAGGAUGUUGACGGUCGGCUGCUGACAGCUGAGUACGAGAAAUUCUAUCUGGUUUGUGUGUAUGUUCCUAACGCGGGAAGGAAAUUGGUCACCUUGCCGAAGCGGUUACGAUGGGACGAAAAGUUCCAACAGUAUCUUAAAGAUUUAGACUCCAAGAAGCCGGUAAUCGUGUGUGGCGAUAUGAACGUUGCACACGAAGAAAUCGAUUUGACUAAUCCCAAGACCAACAAGAAGAAUGCAGGUUUUACCCAGGAAGAAAGAGAUGGUAUGACUAAGCUACUGUCGUUGGGCUUCGUCGACACGUUCCGGCAACUGUAUCCGGAUCAGAAAGGCGCCUACACAUUCUGGUCUUACAUGGGUAAUGCACGAUCGAAAAAUGUUGGAUGGCGGCUAGAUUAUUUUAUCAUCUCGGAACGCUUGAACAGCAGAGUGGUCGAUAACGUGAUUCGUUCGGAGGUGUACGGCAGCGAUCACUGCCCGAUUACACUAUUUUUGAACAUCUAAACUGAACUAAGUAUUCGUUGGUGACAGAACUUGUAUUAUCCUGACCGUCUUGAUUUGUUGUGUGCUGGUGUGUUGACAUAUUACUCAGGCUAGCAACCAAUAGUUUAUCCAUUAGUUUUCCUAAUUCACGAGUUCGUUUUUGUAAUAAGUUAUAAUUAAGUUGUUUUUUGAACUUAUGCUCAGUACAACAGACGAAAAGCAUUUAAAACCAAUAAAUUACAGAAAACAUGUUCAAUAAAAAUGGUACCGAUUAAAUUUGAA